AUGAACAAUCGUCCUCAUGGCCGUGGCCUCCCCAAUCUCGUCGUCAUGCUGGACAGGACGACAGGCAGCAGUGGUUCUUCGCAGUCCACCACCAGUACGCCUUCUACCAUGGUCAGGCGUUCCUUUUCCGACUCUCCUGGCCCAUCUUUGCUCAGCGGCCCUACCACUCCCACCCCAUCUGACAGAGGUGCAUCGAUAACAGGCGCUCUGACUUUGGCAGGCAAGCGUAAGCGCAAUGGUAUCGAGCAGAAACGAGACUCGAAUGCAGAUGUCUACUAUCAAUCGCAGAAGAACAUCAUGGAGAUGCGACUUGCCGUGGAGAAGGAAAUGACGAGGCGGGAGGAGGUUCGCCUCUAUCUGGAGAAGGUCGAGGCCGACUGGGUGAAGGAGCGAGAGCAGAGGGAGAAGGAGCGGGAGUAG